AUGCUUUGGCCUCCGGCUCCGGCGCAGUGUGCGAGAGGCUACACACGAACAGCUCAGAAAUUCCGGUUACGCCCCUACUAUGCCUGUCGCGCGACACACAUCCUGCGACGCCACUAUGCUGUCGCAGCGGAGGCCUUCAACAAUGCGGACACGAGACCGUCCGCCUCGUUGGCGCGACCAUCUGAUGCGCGCUACAAUCCUAUUGGAGUGCAACAAUUGAGCAGCCAGCUUCAUCCGCAGAUAUUCCCGGGCAGAUCAUUUGUUCCUCAGUCCGAGCUCGUUGACUUGUCGAAAGACCACCUUCGGCGCCAUGAACUGCUCGGGAAGAAUCAAGAUGACAAUCCGCCCAUCGGCCUCGAGACGCCGCCGCUGCAGGGAUCAACAAUGGAUGAGCAUUUCCAGAGACUGGGACAAGACGCCGCUGCGCCGUACCUCGAUCUAGCGAAGCAGUUCGUCCGGGCCAAUCCGCCACCGAGACCACGCAAAUGGAUUCGUCGAAGUGGGUGGACCAAGUACAACGCAGACAUGACGAGCGAGGAGAUUGCUGCGCCUGAUGAACAGAUGCUCUCCUUUGAUGUUGAGGUCAUGUGGAAAGACAAUAGCUACGCCGUCAUGGCUUGCGCUGCCAGUCCGACAACGUGGUAUGCUUGGAUCUCGCCUUGGCUCCUCGGCGAAACAGAGGACUAUAAGCAAUUGAUCCCACUGGGCAAUCCAAAUCAGGCCCGGAUAGUCGUUGGCCACAAUAUUGGCUACGAUCGCGCUCGGGUCAGGGAAGAAUACUCGCUGGAACAGUCCCGGAACUUCUUCAUUGAUACUAUGUCGCUACAUGUCGCUGUCAACGGCAUGUGCUCUCGCCAAAGGCCAACCUGGAUGAAGCAUAAGAAGAAUCGAGAUCUGCGAGACAAAAUGUCGGGCGACCACAACUCAGUCGAGCUGCAGACAAUGCUCGAAACUAAAAUGCUCAGCGAAGAGGAAGAGGAGCUGUGGGUCGGACGCAGCUCUAUCAACUCGUUGCGAGAUGUGGCCAAGUUUCAUUGCGGCGUGACCAUCGACAAGGCGCAACGCGACUAUUUCAGCGAGCUAGAUCGGGACGUAAUUGUGUCGAAGCUGGAUGAGUUACUCGACUACUGCGCAGCCGACGUCUCGAUCACCCAUCGAGUCUAUACCAAGGUGUUCCCAAAUUUCCUGGAGACGUGCCCACAUCCCAUCAGUUUCGCAGCUCUGCGGCAUCUCUCCUCAGUCAUCCUCCCAGUCAACGAGUCCUGGCAACAGUAUCUCCAUGAUGCCGAUGCAACGUACCACCAACGACUCAAGGACGUGGAAGAACGACUGAUGAAGCUUUGUGACGAAGCUCUUGCUGUCAAACAACAGCCAAAUGUGUACAACAAUGAUCCCUGCUCGCUCAGCUGGACUGGGCCGGUCAAGAAAUAA